CCCUCCUCUGAUUCAUGACGCAAACCAGGAAACAAAUGGUAAGAUUCACUUUCAUAACAACAAAACCAGGACAGCUACCGAGUGAAACAUUGGGAACACUGGGAGUACUUGCUGCUCCUGAUUCCACCCAGUGAACAAUUGUUUUACAAGAACAAGGACUCAAAGAGAAAGUAAUUUCCAGGGAGCAGGAAAUCACUGAUUUCCUGUUUGAGCUGUCUGCUGCUGUGUUUUCAGCUUUGUUCAGAGACUAAAUGGCUUCCAGACUAGAGGAGGAUCUCUGCUGUCCAGUCUGUCACAACAUCUUUAAAGAUCCCGUCAUCCUGCCAUGUAGCCACAGCUUCUGUAAAGACUGUCUGCAGAGCUGGCGGAGAGAGAAACUAACCCAUGACUGUCCAGUUUGUAGGAGAAGAUUUUCAAAGGAUCCACCUCCCAACUUUGAGUUAAAGGACCUGUGUGAGUCCUUCUUACAGGAGAGAGGCCGUAAAGCUUCCAAGCUUCUCUGCAGUCUCCACUCCAAGAAGCUCAUACUCUUCUGUCUGGACCAUCAGCAGCCAGUGUGUGUCGUCUGCAGAGACUCAGAAAAACACAGUGAGCACAGGUUCAGACCCAUUGAUGAAGCUGCACGACAACACAAGAAGGAACUGAAGGAAACUCUGGAGCCUUUAAAGGAGAAGUUAAAGGUUUCUGAACAAGUUAAAGUGAAGUUUGAUCAAGCAACAAAACACAUUCAGGUCCAGGCCCGACACACAGAGAGGCAGAUUAAGCAGCAGUUUCAGAAGCUUCACCGGUAUCUAGAAGAGGAAGAGGAGGCCAGGAUGGCUGCACUGAGGGAGGAAGAGGAGCAGAAGAGUCAGAUGAUGAAGGAGAAAACGGAGGCUCUGAGCAGAAAGAUAGCAGCUCUGUCAGACACAGUCAGAGCCACAGAGGAGCAGCUGAGAGCUGAAGACCUCUCAUUCCUGCACAGCUACAAGGCUGCAGUGGAAAGAGUCCAGCAGCGCCCCCUGCUGGAGGAUCCACAGCUGCCCUCAGGAGCUCUGAUAGACCAGGCCAAACACCUGGGCAACCUGGCCUUCAACAUCUGGAACAAGUUGAAGGACAUGGUCUCCUACACUCCUGUGGUCCUGGAUCCAAACACUGCUGAUCCAACAUUUGUCUCAUCUGAUGAUCUGACUGGUGUGACAGCAGGACAGAGACGGCAGCUGCCUGACAACCCAGAGAGGAGUAAAGACCUCUUCUCUGUCCUGGGCUCUGAGGGCUUUACCUCAGGAACUCACAGCUGGGAUGUCGAGGUUGGAGACUGUACACACUGGUCACUGGGUGUGUUAGAGUCUGUCCAGAGGAAGGAAAGCGUAUAUGGAUUAUGGACAAUAUGGUUCUGUGUAAAUAACUACAGAACAUGCUCCCCAUCGAAUCCAUGCACUCUCCUCUCAGUGCAGAAGAAGUUCCAGAGGAUCAGGGUGACUCUGGACUGGAACAGAGGAAGUCUGUUGUUCUCUGAUCCCGAUACGAACACACACAUACACACCUUCACACACAGGUUCACUGAAACACUGUUUCCAUACUUUUGGACCUGGAAUAACUUUCCAUUGAAGAUUUUACCACUGGCGGUCGCUGUGACUGUAGAACAACACAUAUAGGCAAUGGAUCAUUGGCAAUGAUCUGCUGAUUCAGUUCGUGAUGAUUCAUUUGCUUCAGAUGCUGUGUCUCAGGAACAAACCCCAAAACACUAAUCAGGCCAUGAUGAUCCUGAUUUAAUAUCACACAAGGGGCACCAUGGGAGUUGAAGCAGGUUGUAAAGUCAGGGUCUGAUUUAAUACAGCAGAUUCUUGCAGCCAAAACAAAUGCAGUCUGAUACAGUGGCCCUAAAACAACGGCGUCCUUCAUGAUGGUUGUAAUGUUCAGUUUGCUGCAGUGUUUCUGACAUUUUAUCUGACCCAUUCAUAUCAGUGAGUGCAGGCUAAAUAUUAAUACAAACACUGAUAAACCUAUGAUCAGAAAUGCGACACAAACCACUCAUUGCUCAAUGCUAAGCUUGUUUUUCCUUAAUUUUUUUUUGAUUGACACAGUUCUUUUAUUUUGAAAAAUGGAUCCAGUUUUAGAAAGCUGCU